UGACAUUUUCCGAUGAAAUUCAGUCAUGAAUCAUGUUUGCCCCGAUAACCAUGGCCGCGGCGUGUGAGAUGGCCCCCCGUUAGCAUGUGGGCGGGCAUGCACCAAGCCCUGAUGAUGCCAGGAUCCGAGUGACCUGACCUGACCUUGCGCCAUGAGCUCGUUCUCAGGCAAGAUAAAGGAGUUCCCGCAGAUCUCCGUGGACAGGUUCGAUGGCCGUAACCUCGCCAGUACCGCUUAUUUCCUCAGCCAUGCCCAUUCCGAUCACAUGAUUGGGUUGAGUUCACCCCAGUUCUUGGAUCACCUAGAGAGUAAUAGUGGCGUCUAUCUUUACUGCUCUGCUAUCACGGCUCGCUUUCUGCAAGCAUCUAUCCGACACCGCCCUUUGGACCCAUUCGUGAGGCCAUUACCUCCUGAAGAACCUGUCAAGAUAACAGUUCCCAAUGUUGCUGAGGAAGCCAGCCAUCAACUCUGUGUCACUCUUAUACCUGCGGGACACUGCCCAGGAUCAGUCAUGUUCUUGUUUGAGGGAAGAGGAGGAACUGUUUUAUACACUGGGGAUUUCCGUACAAGUGUAGGAGAUGUAGAAAGAAUACGAGCAUUACACAACUCAGAUGGCACUGUUAAGGCUGUAGAUUCUUUACAUAUAGACACCACUUUCUGCCACCGUGAUAUCUUGCACUUUCCCUCAAGAGAGGAUAGUUCAUCUGCCAUCUGUGAUCUUGUAGAAGACUGGCUGGCAAGAGGAAAUAACCAUCUCAUACACCUUGUGUGCCCAGCAAAAUAUGGGUACGAAUAUGUAUACCGGAGCCUCCAUGAACGCUUUGGGAUGCGUGUGCACGUCAGUCGGUGGAAGUAUCGCAUGUAUGACACGGUACCAGAAAUUCAGGAUGCACUUACCCCAGAUGCAACUGAAACAUGGAUUCAUGCCUGUGAUUGGAGGAUGAGAGAAAUUGAGGAGGGUGAAGACCAGAGUGACCGCCAGCUUCCAUGCAGAUGUGUUCCGUUUGGAGUAGAUACAGCACCAAGUAUACGAGUUAUUCGACCGUCGGCAAUGUUUUACACAGUCUAUCAGUCUGCUAAGGAGGUCAAGCAAGUCAAUAGAGAUGGAAGUUUCUGCAGAGUGCUGUUAUCCAUGCAUGCGUCUUGUUCCGAAGUUCUGGAUUUGGUAUCAUAUCUGCGGCCAAGAAAGGUCUACCCAAAUGUCAUUCCUAUGAAUUCUUCAAAGGAAGAGGUUUUGAAACUUCUUCAUGAGGCCUUGAAUCGCUCUGGAGACCACUAUAGCAUUGAGUAUGGUGGCUCUCAACGCCGGAGUUUGGGUUCCUUUAAGAGACAGUUGCAAAGCAAUGAGAGCAACAGCAGUACACUAGAGGCAGCAAUGUUAGAUGGAUUCCUGACUUCCCCAAGUAAACGUCGGAGGCACAGUGACAGCAACAUGACUUUAGUCCUCCCAACUCCUCGAGGCAAUAUGAAGGGAUCACUCAGCCUGGAAGGAGAAGCCAGAUGUGAUGCUUCUGAGGGCAAUGUAGCAGGUACCUCAGGGAAUCCAGGGACUCAGGGAUCACCAGGGAUCAACUUGGAGUGGAUUGAUCCUUACACUCCAUCCCCCACUUCAUCUGCAUCUUGUAAAUAUGUGACCACCCCAACUUCUAGUCAAGACGAGCAACAGACGAGUUCAAAAUCAUACAAUUCUGCUAAAGUCAACCUUAGCAGCAAGUUAGAAACUGCCAAUGUAGGAAAUAUUGUAAGUGAUAGUGCAAUAAGAAAUGUGAUAGUCAAAGUUUCCCCACCUGUGACCAGUAGAGUUGUAAGUGCUGGAAUAAGUGUCAAGGGUAGUGAUAUUGGUAGGUAUGGUUAUAGUCCCCAACAGAUGUCGGUUGAUGCUGAUGAAGAAGGGGACAACCAGUCAAUAAGUAGCUUGGUUAAAAGUCAAGAUAGCAUUGACUUAGCUAGUGUAUUUUCUGAUGAUGUUGGAGAGAGCUCAGUGAUGACAGACUUGAAAGAUGAAAGACCAUCAUCAUCUGCAGGUGUUGCUGGGGAAAGUGACAUCAAACGGAGCAGGAAGAUGUGGUACAAACACAAGUAUUUUUCCACACCAGUUCAUGAUGAAGGAGACAAGCGACUUAAACUGGAACCUAAACCCUCAUUUGGACCGCGAUCAUCCUCACUUCCUCUCCCAGAGCCUGACCGUGAAGGGAUAGUUUCACCUGAUUUAUUCCCAAGUCCUGAAGCAGAUCGUAGUCUUCCUCUCAUCACUGUUUCUUCUCCAUCAGAUCAAGCCAGUGAGUCGCAGGUAUCUGAUGAGACUAACGUUACCAUUGUCUUAAGUGGCAGCUCGGGAGAACCAUCUGACCUUGAUGUCAUGUUAGUGGAUGAACUUCCAGCAGACCAUACUCUGUGUUCUGAAUCCCCUCACUCGGUGAGUCCCUCAAUCCCAAGACCUUCAGUAAUUUGUGGCCCACCACUUGUUACUGCUCUACUUGACAAAGAUUCAGGAACUGGUUCUGAAGUGAAUACACACUCAGUCAUCUCAUCCCCAAGUGAUUCCUCCAACAGCGAUUCAGCAGGGUCAGGACGCAGCGUCCCUCCACUGAAAUCUCCAGUGCCCAGUAACUCCCCAAAAGUAGUAGACCUUGUAAGUGAUAGUGACUGCACACCAGAACUAGAAGACUUGUUAAUACGCACGCACCAGGUCACAGGAGUCACAGUGAAAACCCAGGAUUGUUCGGGGAGAUCUUCGUGCCUCAAGACCACAAGAAGGAGAGAUAAUGAAGUUGAAGUUGUGACUUUGGAUCAGCAACGCCUAUGAAGCAAGACUUUUUCCUGUGAUGCAAAAACAAGCUGAAAUAUGCCGAUAUUUCCUCAUGAUGUGAAAAGCCAGACCUUGUGUGUUUAACGCCUACAGGAUGUCAUUAUAGAAUUAUACCUGUUGUGAUAAAAAAACAAUUCCUUGGAGAAUAUGUAUAUCUUCUGCACUCUUUUUGUAAUUAUUAGAAGACAAGUAGGAAUGUAUUACACCUAUUUUGAAAAUCAGCUUUGACUGUUAAGUAUUUUUCAAACUUAAUUCUGUAAGUUUUAUAUGUUACAAAGUUUAGCACAAAAUCUGUUUCUGUAUGUUUUAUUUGUGAUACAGAAAAGCCAACUAUAUUUAAUUAUUAUUAAUAUAUAUAUAUAUAUAUAUAUAUAUAUAUAUAUAUAAAUUUUUGUUUGUUUAAUUGUUUCCAGAGUGAGUUGAUAUACUUAUUCAAAACUGAUUAAAGAGAGAACUACUAAGGAAACUUGUUUUAUAUACUCUUUUGCUUAAUCUUUUUUUUUUUUUCUUUUGUUUUUUAUGCGUAUAUAAAAAUGAAGAUUAAGCAUGUGUGCAUGCUCGUAUUUGUGAGUGGGUAUGGGCAUUUAUACAUUCAUAAAUGUGUGUAUAUAUGCACCUUUGCAUACUUGUGUGUCUGUAUGCAGGACCAUAUGCAUAUUUAUAUCUGCAUUGUGUGCAUGUAUGCAUGUCUGUCCACGAGAGCACCCUUGACCUUUCUACUGUUCCAAGACCGUGAAUUUCCUUACAGGUUCCUUUCUCAUCUUAUAUCUGAAUAUCAAAUCAAUUUGCUUCAGCCAUGAACAGACAAGUUUUGCAGAUUGCCUUUAACUUGGGGCAUUUUCUUUGGAUGGUUGGCCUGUCAGCUGGACCAGCAUGAGGGAAACCUAUUUACAUGUGUUUGUGUAUAUACAUAGAUAGUCUAUACUCUGAUAUGUGUUUAUAUACAAUUGGAAAUGUGUUUGUAAAUCUGUUUGGCAUUAUGAAGGUGCUUUAGCACACAUUUCUGUGAAAACCCCUGCCAGUGGGAAGUGUUUGAUAUUACUGUAAGUAAAUCUCCAACAUGAAAUUGGCAAAGAGAAACAUAAAAAACAUGUUUGACAUGUACAGAAAUUAAAUAUUUCUGCAACUAAGGUCUUGAGAAAAAUCAUUUUUUUAUUUGUAUUUGACAUACCAGUUAGUACUACUGUAAAUAUUAUUUAUAUAUGUCUGUAAAUAACUCGUAAGAAGCAUUUGUUGAUUUUUUUUAUCUUUAUCUUUUCAUUUUCUGUAAGAAGCAUUUGUUGAUUUGUUUUAUCUUUAUCUUUUCAUUUUCUCUCUUUUCAAUUUCUCUGUCAAUCUUUAACAGCCUUUAAGGUGCUAAAACAUUUGACUCAGAAGAGUUUUAAUGUACCAAGCACUUUAAUACACUAUGUUACUAGAUUUACACUGCUAUGUCUUGCGAGUGAAUUUCAGUAAAUAGUGUUGUUUUCAAAUAUGUAACAGGUUCAGCUAUAUUUUGUUACACAUGUUAUUCACUGGCAUUCCAAGAUAAUUUUUUUUUUCUUUCUUUCUUUCUUUUUCUUUUUUUUUUUAUCUUUGAUACAUGACCUUUACUCUUAUCAGAAGUGUGGAAAUCAUGAAUAUAUCCAGUCACAAAAUGCAGUGUAAUAGACUAGCAUUAAAGAAAAGUGAGCUCGUAUAUGAAUAUUAGCAAUUUAAACAGAAGUUAAUAUCUACAUUGAUGGUCACAUUGUAUGCUAAACAGUUAUGAUGGUUUUUUAAAGGGAAAUGACUGCAUUUUUGGUAAUUUGAAAUGGAAGGUAAUGAAAAUAGCAGUGAUCUAUAAAAGGAUACAGAGGUAUGUAGGAAGCCUAUUUGUGAUGACUGAAACUGAGUCAUGUUCAAAAAGAUGGGGAGUAGUGGAUUUUGUGAACUUUCUGUGGGAAUUUUGAUAAUGUGCUAAAAUGUUAAUUAUUGUUUGUUAGUAAAAUCUCAAAUAUUUUUGGUUAAUCUUUAUUGUUAUUAUUUACAUUGACUGAUCCAUGAACAGAAUUUCUUCAGCUUUUGUAAAGAUUUGUUAGCAUUUAUUAUACAGGGUUAGUGCAAUUCAAUAAUUAUUUACUAUCUAAGGUCAGUAGCUUAUUAGAUAAUGUAUAUAUACUUAUUGCAUAGGCAUAAUACUUGAUGCUUUAAUAUACAAGAUCAAAAAAAAAAAAAAAAAAAAAAAAAAAAUGCAGGUCCCUGCUUUUUUGUACAAAUUAGUAGAAAGAGCUUUAUGCCUCACAUGUCUUUGGUGAGUUACAUAUUUCCUUUAAGUAGUAACUGUUGUAUAAGUAAGGGGACAUUGUGAUAUUUAUGGAGCCAAAAGUGAAAUACCUUAAAUUGUUGUUUAGAUUUAUAUAUAUAUAUAUAUAAAUAUGAUAUUUCCCUUCAGAUAUCAUGUAUGACAUAGUCACACCACAGCUCCUGUUACUUUCAGAAAUAUGAUCUACCUAAAGCUGUGGUGUUGUCUUUAGAGAGAGAUAUUGGUGGGAAACUAAAGUAAAGAAAAUGUAGCAAUUAACACUGGUCUACACCUUACACGUUAGGAUCUUAGUAACCGUAGUGUUUGUAAAAGAUGAAUCAUAAUUGAUGUUCUUUAUCAAUUAACCCAAUGACGCUGGGUUGUAUGUAGCCCUGGGCGGAUAGUAUUCCAGGGAUGCCAUAAAUCUUGCAGGCCGCUGUGCCUCCACUGACCGCUUGCAUUGUGUAUAGCAUGUCAUAUAGCCUUUUACUCUUCUUUGUUUACUUGUUUCUUUUGUUGGUGCUUCAUUUCUUAUAUACAAUUUUGUGUCUUACCAUAUAUAGCCAUGUAUGUCAGCCAUUUUAGCAGUUAUGUAUAUAUAUAUAUUUUUUUUUUUUUUUUUUUUUUUUUUUUUUUUUAUUAAUUCAUAGACACAUAGAAGAUAUUGUCUAAUUGAGUUAUCUGUCUAUUAAGAUUCUAGGUUUAUGUGAAAAGGAAAAAAAUGGAGGUUUGCUACUUUACAUGAUUUUGUUACAAACAGAAUAAUGAUACUGGAUAAUUCUUUACAGUACACUCACCAGAGACUAAGUCCCCAACUCCACAUCAGACUAUUCCAAGUCUAAAUUGCAGUGAGGUAGUGGUACUGCCUGAGGGGAGGGUUGAUGAGGUGCUAUGCCCAGCAAACAUUAUCUUCACUUUCCUAUGCAUAACUCUGGAGGACUGAGUGGACUUAGGCUAUGAGUGGCGCUUUCCAUGAUCAUUUUCCUUUAUUUUUGGUGUAACUGCUAGAUUCUGCUGAUCAUUUCUUGUAGCAAUGACUACAACUUUUUGUCCUCUACAAGAAUAUCAUAUUCAGUUUGCCCUACUUAGUGUGUCCAUACCGCAAAGAUUAACCUGAUACUGUAUUUAUAUUCUUCUCAAAUAGAUACAUAGAAAAAACAGAAAAAGAAUUAACAGGAAGAGGCCAUUGAUUAGCCUACUUAGCAAGAGUUGGAGAUCCACCAAAUCUGAAUGCAUUUGCUCAGGUUCUUGUAUGUGCAUGUGCACAAGCAUACAUGCAACCCCCCCCCCUCCCCCCCACACACACACACACACACAAGAGAGUGAGUGAGUGAGUAUGAGUGUCUGAUGUAGUGGAUCUCCAACUGUAUCAAACUCAAACUUUAACUUGUCACUGAUGCUUUUUUUUCUGUUGACAAGCCCUGUUGUCACUGGCACAAUCAUAAUAUUGUCACUAUCCUCACUUGAAAACAGUCAAAGAAAGGAUACAUUGCAGGAUAGGGACUGAAAGAUCUGCUAGGUGGUGAAUAGCUGCUGGUUGCAGUCUUGAGUGAGAGCAGCAACACAAGCAGUGUAAAGAUAGCUAGAAACCAUAGGAUAAACUAUGGUUAAGGUGUGGGAGAUGACUAAAGUGAUUCAGUGCUGUUGUGCACCCCCUAAUGUACACUUGUCCUGCAAGUUCAAGAAAAGGGUAAGCUGGAGAAGCUAAAUAUAAUGGUGUAAACCUCAGGUAAGGUUUGCAUACAUAAAACUAUAAGGUUCUUGAAACUUGAUUUUUUUUUAAGUGAUUGAGGUAGUUACAAAUAUUAUUAAUAUCAUCACUAUAAUCCAAGCAUCUAUAUUGCCAAAUAACAUGAAAUAAUCACCAAAGCCAGGAGGAAUUAUUUUUCUGAAUCACUUUAUGCAAGCUGGCGUCAGUGGGUUAAAUUACUUGAUGGCGAAGAUAUCUGUACUACAAUAAAUCUGGAAUGGAGUGGGGAUAUUUAAUCAAAACUAUAGAAAAACAUUAUUCAAACUUGUACGAAAGGUUUUAAAUUGUAUGCUGUCUUACCUUUCUUUAUGAAAAAAAUUGUAUAAUUCUCCUAAACAGAAAGUUUUAUCAGUCCCACCAUUAUCUUAUUAGUGCCAUAUGGUCCAUAUUGCCAGGAGCUAUAAGCUAUUCAUCUACUAUUUGUUAUCUUUUGUAGUUGUCCCCUUAAUGUACAGCUUUUACUCUACUUCAACAUCUCUUUCUGAUAAAGACAAAACAGUAGUCAAGACAAACAUACAUUGGUAGAAUUCCUUACUAGAGAGCCAGGAGAAGGCAAACCAUGCUUACAUAUCUAGUCUCAUGUAUUUAUUAGAAGCAUACUUUACUAGAGAUAAUUAGAUUUUUUUAAAAAAAGAAAGCUAUUUAUAACUUAAUCUACAUGUACUGGAGCUUCUCCUUUGCAAGUAUUAGUCAUAAGUAGCUUGACUAGGGGUUGGGACAACAAGCAUCGUGCUUUCAGAUUUUGAAGGUUGAAUACACUGUAGGUAGUUUUUGUACCAUAAAAUGGAUGUUCAGAUUUUAGUGAAUUUGAUCACUUGCAACAUUAUUCUAGUGCAGUGUAAUUCCCUCUACGUAUUGUUGCAAGUGAUUAAAACAUAUUAGUAGUAAUUACAGUAGACCAAAAAAAAAAAAAAAAAAAAACUAAAUAAAGUAUGUAUCAUUAAACCCAGAGAUUAAUUGUAAGUGCAGGAGUGCAAGGAUAUAUCUGAUUUUAUGGUUUGCACUUUUAAAGCAGGACUUCCAAGUAAUUGGCAUUGUUUUUUAUCCAGAUUUUAUUUACCAUGAGGCUAAUUAUCUGUUAUUGUGUAUAAAUGAACUUAAUUUUAUUAAUCCUUUUUUUUUUUUUUUUUUUUUUUUUUUUUUUAAAUAGAGAAAGCCUGUCUUGAAUUAUUAAAAUAAGCAGACAGGAGUAGAUAGUUUACCUUUCUUAAUAUUGUGUAUAUUUCCUAAUACAGUAAGGAAUAUCUCUAUUGUCUCUUUCUUGGAUCAGCUAAAUUACAUACACUUCAUGAGAGAGUGAUGUACUUGAGUAUGGAAGGGACCAACAAGAGUAGAUAUUUGAGAUACCUUAGAGGCAUUUGCUUUUCAGUGUUGUUAAACACUGAGUGUAUUGAAUGAAAGUUUAGAAAUUUUAUUUAAAUGUUUAAAAAUAAUGUUUAAAAAUAAUGUUCAUUAGGCAAAAGAAAAGAACAAAAAUAAAAUAAAAAAUUAAAAUUAGCAUGCAUCUUAGGUAUUAGGUCAUGUACAGGUGAGCUAAUGCUUGAAUUAUGUUUGUUUGUGAUUGGGAACCUCAGAUGAAAUUAACUUCAGAUUACUAAAUUAGAAUUUGCAGCAUUGUUGGUUACUUAUGUUUGCCUUAUUAGUGAUUAUUAGAGAUAAUCAAUAAAAGUGUUUGUUGUUUUUAGUUAAUUCAAUGUGAAGAAAUUAUUUGCAGUAAGCAAGCAGAGAACAAGAGCACAUUCUUAAGUAUGCAUCAUUUUUCCAGUAUGCAUCUCCCAUUAUCAUACAUGUAUAUAUUAUAAAUAUAGGUUGUCAAAUGCAUUUGGAAACCAUUUUUAAUUUUCCUCUUGUUUCAAACUUUACAUUUUACCAUUUUUUGUGAUAUUUCAUUAUAAUCUGUAAUGUACUUCAAGGACUCAAAAUAAGCAUAACAUUUCUUAUUACAUACUUUCAGUGAUAGAAUCAUAACUUUGUACAAUUCUGCGUGAGAAGUUUCAUAAACAUAAUACACACAUUAUGUAGAUUUGCCCACCAAUAUGUAUUUGGCUAUCACCUUGGUCUUUAUCACUGUUUGUAGGUGCAUUAUGAGGUACAAACUUUAAUCAUAUCUGUUAUAAUUGCUGUGUUAUGUCUCAUUUUGUUAUAAUGAAAUUGUACUUUCAUACAAUUACUUAUUCUAUUUUAUAACAAUUUAGUAAAGACUUCUCUGUUAGAAGCCAGUUGAUGAAGAAAUUUGUUGAAGUCUUCAGAGGUCUUAUCUAUAUCUUGGUAUGCAAAUGUGACAUGAAUUGUAUACUGCAUUUGGAGGGAAGACCAUUUUAUAAGUCUUGUAAGUCUAUUCCAUUAAGAUUGAAGUAAUUUGUUCUUAAUUACAGCAGUAUUGGACAUGGUUAUUUAGAAAUGUAAAGACAAGUGUUGGCUGUAUGUAAUCCAUGAUACUCCUCAAUUACUUGAAUAGACUGAGGCCGGAGUCUCUUGAGAGAUUGCACGUGUCACUUUUACUAUGGUUGCUCUCUCUUGUUUUGUUAUGGGAGUGCAUUUUGUAACAUGAUAAAUGCAGCAUGUUGAAAAUAUAAUGAUCUUGUCAUGUUUAUCUGUACUGUUCCCAGUAAUGUAGAAAAAAUCAGUGAAAUAAUUUUUUGCAUAGAUUAAAGGAAGCAAAAAAACUAAUUGGCAUGAAACUCUUAAAAAUACCAUUUGAAAAUGUAAUACUAAAAGGGAUGUGGGAGGGUUUUAAGUAUUUAAAAGCAGUAUUAACAAUGUAUUGCCAUGCUUUUUUGUGAAUAUUGUAGAUAAUUUCAUGUACAGUAAUGAGAUAUGGAAGUAAAAUAUUAUUAAAACCUUUGUAUCUUAUUUAAUAACCCAAAAUUUAUUUUACAUUGUUCACUUGUUCGUGGAAGUAGAAUAAAAUUAUAUAACUGAAUAUUAUACAAAAGAGAUCCAAGUUUAUUUUCAAUAGGAAACUUCCAUCUGAGAUGGAAGAAAUGAUAACGGAUAGUGAUAAUAAAAUAGCUUAUCAAGAAACACUUUUUAUUUUUUGCAAAUAAAACUAUAGUAAUAUCUGUAUAAAAGGAAUAAUUAGAAUAUCAAAACUAUAUGUAACACACAAAACGAGGAAAAAUGCCUUUUGAGCUUGAGUACUUUUGUUUGUUAUUGCCCUCGAACCCCAUUAUACAUUCUGUACAUAAUACCACCACUGGUGGACUUAAAAUUUCGUACCAAAUUUCUUGUGUACCUAUAUUACACAAAUUAAACAAGGUAUUUAUUUGAAAUUGCCCAAAUACUCCGAAGUUAUUAGCCUGAAAGAUAUCAUAAAUGCACCUAAAUAUUUGCCCUAAAAAGUUAUCAAAAGUGAUAUACCUCAAGUGAACUAUUAUGUAUACAUUGGCCCUCAUUACAUGUUCUGAUUCUGUAAAAUAUAUAUCUAAAGAUAAA